CGACAGUGGACGAAAAGCAUGGCUUCGCUCGCAGAUGCCUUGUUAUUUUAGGAAAAAGACAAAGAGAAAAGCUGAUAACUACGCCUACGGCUAGGUUGUAUUACGAAAAAGAAAAAGAAUAUUCAUCAACAUUGAGUUCUCUACCGAAAUUCAAAUUGAAAAAAUGUUGUCCCACCUUGCUCCGCAGCGGAUGUACCCGAGCCUCUUGGCGCGGAAAAUGAUCACGCCCAGUGAAGCCAGUGCGAAGCGCUUUUCAACGGGCCGCUCUCAUAGAGGUACACUGCAGCACUCCUGUCCACGGGGAAGAUUCAUCCCAGAGCAGCCCAUUGCGUUCCGCAACACGUUUGGCCGCGGGUUUCUUGGUUCCAGAUCUGCAACCUGUUCCGCUGGCUUACGAGUACGACCGAAUUUGUCUGCUGUGUCGUCCUGCGCUGCUGCAACCAGCACUAUCUCGUCGAAAUCCAGCCCACUGUUCGACCACCAGCGAAGGACCUUGUUUGAUUGGGCGCUGCGACCCUAUGCGUGUGCAGCUGUCGCUAGCAGCGCCGUGCCGCUUUCUACCCUGAGCGCUGGCUUUUCAAAGUGUAGUCUAUCGCUUUUGGUCGCGCCCUGGAAAGCUCUGCCUACUGCUCUUGUCAUCCUCCCCGCGGCCUGGGCAGUGCCAGCUGUGUAUCGUCUUUGCUUUUCGAACUGUUCCAGAGGAGCAGUUGCUGGCGUCUUUACCUUCUUUAUGCAGUUUACCCUAACUUUUCUUCCCGUCCCGGCCUUCGAGAACUUGUUCGCCGAGCUGACGUUUUACAUCACGGCCCUCUGCAUGACAUUCUUCAUGUACAACCUGUUUCCGGAGCUGAUGCUGGAAGACGGCAUUUGGAUCUUCUACUCUGCGCUCUUUGUCCUGCCUAUGUUGCCGCUAGCCUUCUCAUACCUACCACUGUUUGCCACGAGGACCUACUUUAUCUUGUAGAACUUCUGGGACUGGAAAGAAGCAAAUGAAGAAAUGUGGUCUCAACGAAACGGAAAAGUUGGCGGUUUAGAAGAAGUGCCGGGAUGCAAACAAGCCCGUGAAAGAGAGAAAAUCCAGAAAAAGAAAUCAAAUUGAAUAAGUGGCUGCGGCGAUCUGUGCCACCGAUGUUGACCGCUGUUUUUCUC